AUGCAACGUGAAACCGGCACCGUGAUAUCCGGGUCCGUUGCGCUUCGCAUACUAGACACCGACGCCGCAUGGAAACCGAAUGACUAUGAUCUGUACGUACGACAUAGUCAGUGGGAGCGUGUCCUCCACUACCUGUGCACAUUGAACGGCAAUGUACUCGAAACCGUCAUUGACGGCACAGGAGAGGAGACCUACGAGAGCCCUUAUCCGUGGCUCAACCAGGGUAUUGAUCGUAUGGCGAAAAUCAGAGGACCGCACGCCAAUAUCGACCUCAUGCGUAGCCGCAACGAAUCCGCGUUGUAUCCUAUAUGCUUUUUCUGGUCCACUAUCGUCAUGAACAUCCUCACCGCAGACGAAAUCAUCUCCGCAUAUCCGACUCACGUUCAGCAACACCGCGCGUUCUGCUCUCCCACUAUCGAAGGCACCCAGCUCGCAGCAAAAGCCAAAUAUGUCGAACGAGGAUUC